AUGGGUUGUUGCGGAGGCGAACGAGAAAAGUUCGGGAACUUAAGUGCUGAGCAGAAAUGGGACUACAUUAACCUCGACGACUUCAAAUCUUCCUCAUGCUGGACCCCCUUUGCUUAUGGCUAUCUUUUGGUCAUGCUUGUCGUCUCAUUAUCCGUCUACGCAGUUGACACAUUUACAGCCAUCAACCUCCUCGCCUUCGAUAGAUGGGCUGGUCAAAUAAAGCCCGAGAUCCCACUCAACAUCUCUCGAUGGAUUUUUGCCGGAUGUAUUAUUUUAUCAUUCGUUCUACUCGUCUACCGAUGGAUGAGGGCAAUCCGGGUAAUGCGACAGGGCGGAGUCGCAAAAAACUACUUGGAUCCAUUGGCCGUGCGCAUACAAUCGAUCCGGUGGGGAAAGGCAAGAGGAUGGAAACGUUUCUUGGUCUUUGCCGAGUUGACAAAGAGUCGAAAGGGAGCUGAUUACGUUGCCUUGUUCGCAUAUUUCUCUUUCGAAGCUUGGCUCCGUAUCGUCUUCGCAGAAGGACCUCGACAAGUCGUCAACGCCAUCACACUAUACUCGGUGUUGAGGUUGAAGUUGGUUCCGGAAGGUGAACACGCUCCAUCAGAUGGCCACUCUCCGGUGGUUCAGUUCUUUGUCAAUGUUGGAAUCUUGGCCGAUUCCAAUCAUUUGCAGGCCGUGGUUCUUUUCGGCAUGCUGUGGACUCUUAUCAUCUGGGUCAUCUCCGUCAUCAGUCUAAUCAUUUCGGUCAUUCUCUACCUCGUCUUUCUUUGGCACCACAUCCCCACUGAGGAUGGAGGACUAACGGGGUAUUGCCGUAACAAGAUUAAUCGAAGGAUGGAGAGGGUUGUCAAGACCAAGGUUGACAAAGCACUCAAGAAAGAGAACGCGCUCCGAGCCCGAGCAGAGGCCAGGGCUGCUCGUGAAGGGACAGAUAUGAAGAAGCAACCGACCUUGCCGAAUAUUGCGGGUGCCGAUGGCGACUCGAUUCCUCCACUGUCAAGACAGACGACAAUGACAACUCUCCCGGAGUACUCGUCUCGACCGGCCACAAGCAGGACCAGUGACGAUGCAGUUCCUACUCUGCCUGAUAUUACGCCUCGCCCACCCAUGCCUACUCGAACUGUGACCCAUGGAUCCGCAGCGUCGUGGUCAAGCUACACGUCAAAUGCUCCAUUGAUGGGCUCGGCCGCAGACAUGGGAUUUGCACCUGAUCGAGUUCAGACACCAGCGUCUGAGGCGAACAGUCCCUGGUAUGGAAGGCCAGCACCAAACCGCAGCGUAUCGAACAUGUCGCAACCUCCGCAGCGGUCCUUUAGUCCCGCCCUUCCUCGACCAGGUACAGCACAGGGUGAUAGAAGUGGUCCUGGCGCAUAUCAGAUGGAGACUCUCCCACGACCAGGUACAGCACAAGGUGAUAGAAGUGGUCCUGGUGCAUAUCAGAUGGAUCCUCUCCCCCGACCAGGUACGAGCAUGUCUAGCAAUGGACGGGGCAGAUAUCCUUUGGAAAACAGCAGCGCCCUUCCAUAUCCAGAUGAUCGAAGCUCGACGCCAUCGACUCAGCCACCAUCAUGGUCAGGACCAACCUUCGAUGGCCCAAUUGACGCAUCGGGUCGUCGUACCCCUGGGGCUGCGGUUGGACCAGCAUUUCCUGGCAUUCCCGAAGAAAGAGGACGAAACUCACCCCUGCCGGGACCUCAGUUCCGAUCGCAAACUCCCACUCAAGGUCACCCCGAAAGGUCAUUUACACCAAAUGGCGUCGGCCCAGUUAGGUCGAUGACACCGAGCGGAGGCCCAACGCUGCCUCGACUACAGACGUCAAGCUCUGCUGGUUAUAUUCCUUACUCGGCAGAGCGAUCGAUGACGCCGGCAUCAUCAAUUCCUCCAAGUGCUACCAUUCGUAGUGUCACCGAGCCAGUAAGGACGUACACCCCUUUUGGACCACAGUCGGGUCUCCCAAGUGGUCUCCGAGAUAGGCCGACUCCACAGAGACAGGGAAGUCAAGGAGUGGACGACAUAUUGGACCAUUAUUAA